UUUUGUCGGUUUUUGUGAGGAUCUAAGCGCUACGGGGCUCUUGAAUGCUUGGUCUGGACCGAGGGUGGAGGAAUCGGGAAGACACGUGAGUAGGCGUUGUCCCCCCCGCUCGGAGGCGAGACAAAGUUCGGCGGUGGCGACGCCUGCCUUGACCCUGCCGCCGGGGCAGGGCUUGGGACCGCGGUAUCCAGGUCCUCAAUCCGGAUGCCUGCCUCUCCCUGCGCACUCCGCCCACAGACCCCGAUGGCGGCGGCCGCGCUGAGGGAACCCCCUCAGGGUUUAGUGCUCACUUUGGACCCCAGUAUCAAGUGGUGGAAUCCUGUUGGAGACUGGAUCUGAAAUGAGGGGACUGAAGCUUGGAGGAGUGAGGCUUUCUGCAUAAGGUACUAUAAUCAGUAAUGGGGUUACCAGCUGCAAACCCAGAUAAGCCUCCCCCUAGAGCUCAGCCUGUGAAGUCAGACACUGGACACCAUGUGCUAGAUUGCAUUGAAUUUGAAGCCAAACACAACAUGAUUGGUUCUAAUGCAAGUUCAAAGAUUGUGAAUUUGAAAGUAAGAUAUAGAAGAAUUAUGCUACAACACUAUGCUGUACUUACUCCUGAGGGAAAAAUUUUUUUAGAUUAUUUAUUUAUUUAUUUUAUUUUGGCUGCAUCGGGUCUUAGUUGUGGUAUGUGGGAUCUUUCAUUGCGGUGUGUGGGUUUCUCUCUAGUUGUGGCGCGCAGGCUCUGUAGCUGUGGCACGUAGGUUACAGAGCAUGUGGGCUCUGUAGUUUGUGGCAUGCAGGCUCUCUAGUUGAGGCACACGAGCGCAGUAGUUGUGGCGCAUGGGCUUAGCUGCCCCACAGCAUGUGGGAUCUUAGUUCCCUGACCAGGAAUCGAAGCCUCAUCCCCUGCACUGUAAGGCGGAUUCUUUACCGCUGUACCGCCAGGAAAGUCCCAGGAAAAUAUUUCUUAAACUGUAAAUCUUGAAUCAUCUUGUCUAGAACAUAUCCCUAGUGCAACUGGCUACCUGAAAUUGAUAACGUCAUUCUGUAUGUGUGAUUAUUUUUUUCUUGAAAUAAUUUUAAAUGGCACAGAUUGUACACUGCUAUCCUGUAAAAUUUUAAAUCAUUCCUGUUAAGGCUACUCGUAGGUUCAGGGUAUGUGUAUGUGAAUUUUUUCUUUUUCUUUUCUUUUUUUUUUCGCGGUACGUGGGCCUCUCACUGUUGUUGCCUCUCCUGUUGCGGAGCACAGGCUCCGGACGCGCAGGCUCAGCGGCCGUGGCUCACAGGCCCAGCUGCUCCGCGGCAUGUGGGAUCUUCCCAGACCGGGACACGAACCCGUGUCCCCUGCAUCGGCAGGCGGACUCUCAACCACUGCGCCACCAGGGAAGCCCUGUGUAUGUGAAUUUUGACAGAUGCUGCAAGUAGGCAGCCUUGACUCACCUCCUACCACAUGGGUACCUGAGAGCCCAGGUUUGUGAUGAUAAGGACCAUGUAUUCAGCACUAAUCAUGCACCUUGCACUGGUUUAAUCACUUGAUACUUAACCUCACCAAGGUAUGGGCACUAUUUUUUUCUGCUGUUUUAGUGAAUGGACGUUUAUGUUUGAGGAAUAUUUAAACAAUUUCACAGAGGUCUGCUAGGGAGGUUUUAUCUUCAUUUUACAUUUCACAACAUGGAGGUGAAACUGCUGACCUUGGGUCCCAAAUUCGGAAGGAUGAGGCUGGGAUUUGCAGGCUGUGAACCUCCAAAACAGCUAGCGUUGUAUCACGCUCAGGAUAUGAAGCGCGCACUGGAGAUUUUAUAUGAAGCCGACCCCCACCAGAGGAAAACUGCUGACCGCAAGCACGUAGACCCCAGACGGGUUGAAACCAGAAGAUUGCUGAUGCUCGAAACUUCACCUUGAUGCCAACCAAUCUGAGAAUUGAACACAAGUGGAUCAUGCACCCUGCAGCCCCUCCCUCACAUGGCCUUUAAAACCUUUGUCUCCUAACCAGCAACUUGGAGAUGGUCUUAGGACAUUAGUCCACCAGCUUCCCAUAUUGCUGGCCUCCUGAAUAAAGCAACUUUUCCUUUUCCACCAACACUUGUUUGUCGAGUAUUGGCUUUUCGAGUGGCGAGCAGCUGAACUCGGGUUUGGUACCAACCUCAUCCAGUUACAGAGACUCUGAGGUAUGAAAUGCAGCCUGAGGCUUGGGAGCAACUGGCAGGCUAAGACAGUAGGCACUCAAUUCCUUUGCCUUCCACCUUCUGACCACAGGCUGCCCCUCAACACCUGGUGUCGAGGUGGAGACUGCAGUACCCAGAAUUCUCAGUGCCACAGGGUGUCAGCUCUCUGCCAAUCAUGGCCCAGGAGAGGGGCCUUUUUCUGUGAGCACUUCACUUUGGGGCAGGGCUUCCUGUACUCCAUCUCGCUUCUGGGGUUGUAGAAUCCUGGAGACGGGAAUAGCACCUCCAUCCCCUGGUGUGAUAUGGGCUGUUCCCAUCCCUUUUGCCCACAGGCUCCAAUGACAGUGGCCAAGCUGAUAGCUGAGCCCUCACCUUCUCAAUAUGUGGGAUUACGUGUCUUUGCUCUCCCCUGUCCCAGCAGUUGUGUCUGCAGGCUCUGAGGAGGCAGUCUCCAUCUAAGCCAUCGUUACAUGGAGAAGUUUCUGUAGAACCCAGAGAGAUGAGGGAUGGAAGGCGUCCCAGGCAUGUUCAGAUGCUUGGAGUUGAAGCUGAGCUGGCUGUGCCAUCUCUGAGGACGUGUUUGUUUACUUCUCCCGGGAAGAAUGGGUGCUCCUUGAUGAGGAUCAGAGACUCCUGUACCGGGAUGUGAUGUUGGAGAACUUUGCACUUUUAGCCUCCCUGGGAAUUACAUCCUCCAGAUCAUAUUUAGUCACGCAGCUGGAGCAAGGGGAGGAGCCCUGGAUGCCUGCCCAGGUGGAUAUGACUCCAGCCACAGAGAAAGAGGUUCAGAAGGGACCUGGACCUGGUUGUUGGUGUGGAGUGGAGGCUGAGGCUGUUUCCUCUGAGCAGAGUGUUUAUUUAGAAGGAGUGUCACAGUUCAGGACUCCUGUGGCAGGUCUGAAAACCCACCCAUGUGACAUGUCUGGCCCAAUAUUGAAAGACUUCUUACAUCUGACUGAAUACCCAUGGGGGAAAGCCAGGCAGGAACCACACAUAUGUGAGGCACAUGGGAAGCAGUUCUGGUUCAGUGCAGACCUUCACCAGCACCACAAGCAGCACAGUGGAGAGAAAUUCUUCAGGAGGGAUGAGGGCAGGGACACUGUGAAAAGCUGCAGAAUCUGUGUGCCAGAGAAGACCUACAUACAUGGUGAGGGCAGAGUGGACUUACCAGCCACCUCUGGCCUUCAGCACCAGGUUUCUCAUGACAGAAUGAAGCCCCAUAAGAGCACUGAGCUUGGGGGAGCCCUUAGCACUGGACAGAAGCUUCAUAAAUGUAGUGAAUGUGGGAAAGUGUUCACUCGGAAAGACACACUUGCAAGGCACCAGAGAAUCCACACUGGAGAAAGGCCUUAUGAGUGCAGCCAAUGUGGGAAAUUCUUUAGCCAAAGCUGUGACCUUUUUAAACAUCAGACAGUCCACACUGGAGAAAGGCCUUUUGAGUGCAGUGAGUGUGGGAAGUUCUUUAGACAAGUCUCUGGUCUUGUUGAACACAGGCGAGUUCACACAGGUGAAAGGCUCUAUCAGUGCAGUAACUGUGGAAAAUUCUUUAGCAGCAAGUCUAACCUCAUUCGACACCAGGAGGUUCACACAGGAGCAAAGCCUUAUGUGUGCAGUGAGUGUGGGAAAGAGUUCAACCGCAGACACACACUGGUUCUGCACCAGAGGACUCACACUGGAGAAAGGCCUUAUGAGUGCAGGGAGUGUGGGAAGUCCUUCAGUCAAAGCUCCCACCUUAACGUACACUGGCGAAUUCAUAGCAGUGAUUAUGAAUGCAGCAGAUGUGGGAAAGCCUUUAGCUGCAUCUCCAAAUUCGUUCAGCACCAAAAAGUUCACUCUGGAGAAAAGCCUUACGAGUGCAGCAGAUGUGGGAAAGCCUUCACCCAAAGGCCAAACCUUAUUCGGCACUGGAAGGUUCACACUGGAGAAAGGUCCUCUGAGUGCAGGGAGUGUGGGAAGGACUUCAACCACAGACACACACUUGUUCUCCACCAGAGGACUCACACUGGAGAAAGGCCGUGAGAGUACAGUGAGUGCAGGAAGCCUUUUAGCCAGCACUCCCAACUUGCUGUACACUUGAGAGUAUCUAGCAGUGCUUGUGAGUGCAGCAGACGUGGGAAAGCCUUCACCCAAAGGCCAAACCUUAUUCGGCACAGGAAGUCCAUGCUGGACAAAGGUUUUAGAGUACAGGGAAUGUGCUGUCUCCUUGUUCAACCUAACAACUGUCCCCAGAGUGAAGCCCUGAAUGUGGGUUUUGUGAGAGAGCCGUCAGUCAGAAGUGAAACCUCAUACAUACAAACAUCCACAACAGGAAGAUUCCUGAUGAGUGCCACACACGUGAGGUGCUUUUAGAAGCUAUGGCGCACAUUCUAAACUGCUUAGUGCCUUUCCCAGUUGGUAGAAGGCAUCCUGCUGUUCCCAUCUGUCAAAGUCCCACAGGGUGUGUCAGUUACAAGCUUAGUCAGGCAGACCUCUGCCAUCUCUCCAGUCCCUGGAAGGAGUCAUGACUGGCCUCAGUGGCCUACAGGGGGCGUCAUUUUCACCCUUUGACUGGCUUAGGUGUGGAAAGAAUCAGCUCAUAAGAUGGGCUCUCCAGGGAGCUUGCAGAGAUAUACCUUCGUGUAUUUCUUGGUCUCAUUGUGGAUGUAUACAGUCUCCAAGUCCCACAGCCCUGGAACUCUGUCCCACAUUUGCUCGUGUUUGUACAAUAAUAAAGUCCUUACUCUGAGCUGCC